AUGGCCGACGUCAAAAUGGAGGCCAGAGAAUCCGGCCAAUCAGAAAGUCCCAACCAGGCCAGCGAAUCAGAUAUCAAGGAGCAGCCAGAAAAUGGUCACCUGGGCUUCCAGGACAGCUUCGUCACACCCGGGGUCUUCACUGUGGCCGAGCUCGUACGAGUCUCACAGACUCCCAUUGCAGCUGGUACUGGUCCUAACUUCUCAUUGGCCGACCUGGACAGCUCCUCCUACUACAGCAUGAGUCCAGGAGCCAUGAGGAGACCCCUGCCCAGCACCUCCUCUUCCAGCUCUGCCAAGAGGAUAAAGUGCAUGGAGGAGGACGUGGACAGUCCAGGAGAGGAGUCGUACUACCCGGGUCAGGGUCGAUCCCCGGGCAGUGGCAGUCAGGCCAGCAGCUGGCACGACGUGGAGCCAGGGAGGCCGUCGCCCGCUGCCGCUCUACAGAAGUCAGCCUCCUCCUCCACCUCCUCCUCUUCUUCUUUCUCCUCUUCCCCCCGAACGGCUUUCACACACCAUCACCGGCCCGUCAUUACCUGGCCUCGAGCGAGCCCUCAUGCCCCCCCCUCCAGCCUCCACUUCUCCUCCUCCCCCAUUCUGCAGCAGCCCGGCUCCUACUUCUCUCACCCGGCCAUCAGGUAUCACCCACAGGAGACGCUCAAGGAGUUUGUCCAACUGGUCUGUCCUGACUCCGCCCAGCAGGGAGGACAGGUGGGCUUCCUCAACCCAAAUGGUAGCUCCCAGGGAAAGGUCCACAACCCUUUCCUCCCGACACCCAUGCUGCCUCCCCCUCCACCUCCCCCGAUGGCCCGUCCCGUCCCACUGCCUGUCGACGCCAAGCCCCCCUCCACCUCCUCCGAGGGGGGAGGCCACUCACCCACCUCGCCCACCUACUCCACCCCCACUACAUCUCCAGCCCAGCGGUUCGUCAGCGUUGGACCCAGAGACCCCGGCUUUAAUAUCCCUCAGCAGCCACAGUGGUACCUGGGAUAAGGACCUCAGAGGCCCCUCCUCCCUCCACUCACCUGUAUGACACACCGCUGCAGACUCCGCCUCCUCCAGCUGCAACAGAGAGACCCAUCAUGCCCCGCCCCUACAUGCCUCCUCUGCACUUGACUCCGCCCCACCAGCGCCAUAUAGAGACUCACAGCAUCUGCAUGGCUACAGCGGAUCUAACCCCCCCCCCCCCCCCCCCCACCCUGGUGGGAAACACCCGCCCUGUAAAUGUCGAUGUCCAUAUAUAGUGCCAGCCCCCCCCCCCCCCCCCCCCACACACACCCACACACACACACACACACACACACACCACCAGACUGGGCAGAACAACCAGUCGAGGGAAUGAGCCUUUAAAAUCCCACAAGACUGAAUCCCAGCUUCGCUACUGGGGGAGGACGUCCCCACUCUCCCAUCAUCCUCUGCGCUGUGGUCAUCCAGUGGACUGCAGCGGUACUGGACCCCCCCCCCCCCCCAGGUGGUGGUAGGUCGGCGGGGGGGAGGUCGACCAGGCUCUUUUCCAAGGACACGGACCGGUGCUUAAUGGAAAGGCCCGACCUGACGGGGAGGUGGUGCGGGCGCCAACAGAGGCCCCGCCCUUUUCCCAUUCAUAACGUAAACUAGACGUGGGGGUGGGGGUGGGGGGGUUUAAACGUGGAUUUGUUGAUGUGAAGUGUUGCGACCAGACGCUGGUGGAUCUCAGCUCGUUCAUCUGGGAGACUUUGGCUUCAUGGCUCAUUGAUUUUUCUCUCAUUUCAGCUGGUCCCCUGCCCCCCCCCCCCCCCCCCCACCGUCUGGUGAAGCAUGUUCAGGGUGAGACUCUGGUGACGCAGGCAGACAGGAGAGAGACCAGUGACUUUACCAGUGGAAUAUUGAUCAUGAGGAAAGUGCAAUUUUGUUGGCUAGCUGUUGGAUAGUUAAAUAUCUUUGUAAGAUAGCUCGUUGAAAACAGUUGUUGGAAAGUAUAUAUAAAUAUAUAUUUUUCUUCCUAGUCCGCUCACACCUCUGGGACUCUAAAGUAUCGGGGUACAAAAGACGAGAUCGCAGCAUAGAACUAGAAAUCACAGCCCUGUGAGAAAUAAGCUGUUUCACUUCUACUUUCAUUAAUUGUGGUUUGUUCUCGUUGAAAAGCUGAAGAACAAGAUUCACUUUGAAGAUCAGAACUUUAAAAACAAUCAUUUCCCACCAAACUUUUCAUUUUGUUUCAGAAAAGACAAAAAACGCUGAGCGAUUAACUUGUUUCCUUCAAAAAAGAGAAUUUGAAUUUCUCCUGAGGCGAGUGAAUCUGAAAUCACAUUUUCUCCCGUUUCUGUCGGCGAGAUAAUCUUUAACGGGCGUCGCCUGGUGGCAGGCGGCCCGUGAUGGGCGGGGUCUCCUAGAGCUCCUGCCCAAUCAAAAGCACUAAUUCCUGCAGCUGGCCAUGACCCACGAGUGUGUAAUCAGGGGGCGUGGUCUAGACGCAGCAGAGGGUCACUCUCUGGAAGCUUUCGUCCACAAACAGCCGAGCGCUUCACAUGCAACUUAGCAUUUUAUUAACUUCAGUUUUCUUUUUCCUUUCCUAUACUAUAUAUAAAAUAUAUAUAUAUACACACACAUGCACACACCAACGACCAUCCUGCGUCGGACAAAAGUGAAUUUAAGUGAAAAAGUUACAAAAAAGAACAAAAAAAAUCUGCAUGUUUUAGUGUUAGCGACACAUUUCUCCAUAGAUGAUGUAGUUAGUGCGAUAAAGACACUCUAUUGUAAACCCCACAUCAGGCACCGGCCAGCAGGCGUCUUCCCUUCGGCCCCAGACGCUGUGGGCCCCCUGACGCUGUGGGCCCACUGACGCUGUGGGCCCCCUGACGCUGUGGGCCCUCUGACGCUGUGGGCCCCCUGACGCUGUGGGCCCCCUGACGCUGUUUGGCCCUGUCGCUCUUCACAAACAACCAGCUCUCUUUGCUUCCCGGCUUCUCUCCAUUCGUUUCUCCUUCUUCUCCCGCCCUGCUCUUCACUUCUACAACUUCCUCUUUCAUCUGUUCAGAAUCAAACUGAUCCUCCUCGAUGGGGGGGGGGGGG